UAAUAAAUAAAAAUCUACACUAUUAUUAUUAUAGUAAUAUAAUUAAUGAUGUGAUGUAUUAUUAAGGUAAUAUAAUAAAUGAAAUUGUUAAACUUAAUAAAAUAUGAAAAAAAAUUAAUGUAAUUAUAUUAAGAAUGUAAUAAUGAGUUUUAUUAUUUAUGAAAUGGAUUUGGUUACAAAAAUCUAUAAUAUAAUAGGAGAGUUUCUCUCCUCCUGAGCCGACACGUCAGCAUUUUGGUGGGUCCCACUUUUAAAAAGUGUGAAAAAGUGUCAAGUCUGUGGCUCGAACCAAGAUUAUUGAGAUAUAAACUACAACAUUUAUACCACUGAACUAAAGGAUACUUUGUACAUUGAUGGCCGAAACUAAUAUAUAUUUAUGAAGGUCGGAAACCUUUGCUUCUUCGGUUUUCUCUGUGGGCCGGGCCUACAAAUGUAUUAUGAGUUUUAUUUUUAAAUGAGGUUCAUCACGUUAUAUGAAAAAAAAACAAUUAUAGUUUUUCCAUAUUGUAAACUGUCUUCGUUUAACAUGAGUUAGGGUUCUUUUCAUUAUCUAUGCGUUCUAAUAACAGUUUUACGCCUUCAGCAAGUUGUGGGACCCACGUUCAAUUUAGUUUGGUGAUUUAUUUCUCACGUUCAAUUUAGUUUGGUGAUAACUACAAAUUCUGAUGCCUAAGAGGGUAUUUUUACUUAGAGGAAGCUUAGAAACAAGAGUUUCUGCAGAAGAGUUUGGUUUCUUGAAAGAGACAUGUGACAGAUACGGUGAACACGGUCCAGUGCUACAUUCCAGGUGUAUCGAUUGUUUCAAAACGUUACCUAUGGCAUAUGUACUAUCAGAUGGUGUCUACACAACUCAUGAAGGCCUCUUUCAAAGCUCCUCUCGGGUCCAUGAAGAUAGCACUUUAUUGUUGGGUUCAUUAGAAGAACUUGACAAGGUUGACAUGAGACAAGUUGGUGAGAAUGAUGAUGGGAAUAUAACUCUUAACCAUGUUUUAUGGUCGUGUCUGUGGAUGGCUGAUGGUCUGAGCGAAAGUAAUUAUAAGGGACUUCUUUAGGGAGCUGAUUGCACUGAGAGUUUUCUAAAACAAUCGAACUUAAAAGAUGAUUAUAAGAUCACAUGAAGGCCCUGAUGCAAGAUCAAAUCGAGAAUACAUAGGAAACAUGCUAUGCGGAUACUCAGUAGAUCAUGGAGUAGAAUCUGGAGAGCUUUAUACAAUCUUCAGUGCUUCACUACUCUCACAAGUCACUUCCCUUAAACAAAGAGAAUCCAAAUGCAACCUGUUCUACUGCUUUUCUAACUGUCUAUAUUCACUCUACAUCUUCCACAUGAAUUGUUAUUAUUACUCUUCUUAACUACUACUAAAGAUGAAUACUUUCUCAACAGAUUCUCUUUUCUACUGUUUCAGCUAUCAUCGUCUGACUACUAUAAAUGUGUGGCUUACAACGCCUGCAGCCCUCAUAACAAUUCCCUAAACAGAUCUGUAUUCUCAUUUGCUUUUCCUCACUGUAUUUUUUUUAAAUUCCUUCCUUACUAUUUUCAACUCGAGGUUGAGAAACUUCUGUUUCUUGAGAUCAAAACCAGCAAUGUGCUUAUUGGCAUGGUUAAUACUGGAGCUGUAAGGUGCACUGUCUAUGGUAAGAUUUAUGAUUAAUUUCUUGCUAUAUUUUAAUAUUUGUAAAUCAUGAAAAGUGACAGUUAAAAUAUUUUUUUUUCCUUCUGCUGUUUUAUUGGAAUCAUUAUGACAAGCAUCAUGUGAUAAUGCAGAUGAAUCUUACCAAAUGGAGAAAAUAUUGGAUUUUUUCGGCAAGAACAUGUUUUCGUUGAUCCAAAAUUUGACCGAAAGCAAUAUUGUUUGGAUUACUCUAGCACUCUUAAGCUUCCGGUUAGAAUUUUUUUGGUCGUAGUUCGUAUGUAUUUCCUGUUUCGAUUAUAUAAUUUCUCUGAUCAUGAUGAAUGAUUAACUUUUUCUCAUCUAAUGAUAAUAAAGCUACAAGCAAUUGUGACUACAACACCAUCCUCACUUGCAAGGACCUCAACAUCACUUUUUGACGAUUACUUUGUAGCGAAGGAUCUCAAUCUCAAGCCUUUGGUUCAGAACCCACCUCAAGCUAAGAAGUACAAAAAUUUCAUGGAAAAUUGCUAGAGGGGAACAACCUUGACUUUCAUUACGUAAAGCAACACUUCCAUCAACGACCCCGCGCUUGCGCGGGGUAUACGCACCUAGUAAAAAGAAAUGGCUCAGUAGGCAUGUUUGGUCCUUACUCCUUAAUCUUCCUCUUUAAUGGGUUUCCAUCGCUUAGGACUCAUCUGAGAAACAGAGUGAUCCUUUGGGUUUCCAUAAGCAAUCGGAAGAGCGAUCAUCAGAAUCUUAUGAUCCGCCAUGGCUUCGUCGGCGCUCUCUAAUCUGAUGCUCGCCAUUAACGAGAAGAAGACAAACUCACUCGAUCACUACCGUCCUCUCCUCUCUGCAACUACAUUGCUUUCACUUACUCCGAGCGCGAAGCACAGCUUCUAGAAGAUGAUCUAGAAACCCUAAAAGAGCCUCCGCUCCGAUAUACAAAGCGUCACCGAUCUGUCUCUCUCCGCCCGGAGAGAACUUCUCAUCUCAUAUUACAAAGCUCUCUGCCUUGUGGAGACACGAUUCCCAAUAUCUCCUAAGAAACAUCACUUCAACGCCGUAUCUUUUCCAAUGGUAUACAUGAUGCCUUCAAGCAAAAGUAAAAAGCCACUCAGGAGAACAUUAAAUUUGAGAAAGCAGCCUUUCUCUCAAUACCACAUACCAAUAGUUGGUUGGCUUCUACUCAGUUUAUCUGUUUGAUUUCAGCCAUGUUUGAUUUUUAUGUAUUUUAAUUUUACUGGAACAAGAUUAAGAGAUGAAAAACAUUUGACUUUGGUUUAGAUACUGAGACCUUAGAUAAGACUUUUGUAUCUUUAUUUUUUGAGUUAUUUGUUUCAGUAUCAUAAUAUAGAGCUUGAUCAUCAAUAUCCUCAUAGAAAUUUUGGGAAGAUGUAACAAUAUAAAUGUUUCAAGUCAUCAUCAGCUUCAAACCCAAAACUUAACAGACACAAAGCAGAGAGGUGAGAAUUUGAUUUAUCUGUAUUUGAUGUCCCUAUCCCAACUGAGUUUUUAGGUUGUUGUCUCUUUAUUAGAACAACUACUACCGAUUUCCAAACUAGCCACUUUACAACUACGCAGGGACACGUCUGUGUGUCUAAGUGUGUUUGGGGGCCUUGUCGGACUCCUUCACCUGAAAUUGGAACCGACUCGGAUUCUUUAUAUGAGUCUUCGGGUAAGGAUACGGUUGUAGCGAAGGAAGGUGAAUUUUCCGAGGUAAGAAGACGCUCUAAUACUGCCGUGGAAGAGAAAAAGAAUUUUUUUCUGGUUCAGACAACUAGGCAAGUUAAGUAGAGUAGAGCUUGAGUGUAAAACAAAGAGAGAUUUGAGGGUUGAUUUUGUUGUGUGUUUGUUUUGGAAAAGCAGGUGGUUGUUCUUAAAGUGUCUCUUCACUGUCACUGUCGAGGAUGUGAAGGCAAAGUGAAGAAACAUCUAUCUAGAAUGCAAGGUCAAUCUAUUCUUAUCGACAACUCUCUUACAGAGUUUUUCCUUUCUAAGGUUUUUCUUCUCAUACAUUUACGAUAUUCAAAAAUGUGUUUUUUUUGUCUUCUAGCUGUCUCAUAAGAAGCUCAAGUCUGAUACAAGAAUGCACAGUCGCUGGUGAUAUUGGCAAAUUCGUUCAGAUAUGACAACGAGAAGGUUGACACAUAGUAGGUACAAUAGUCAAUAGAAAUGGGUAUGGUACAUGAUGCUAGAAAAAGAAGCAAUUAGAUCAUGAUCAUGUUCUGUACAUAUUAGGAAUUCAUAGUAUCUAUUAGCUCAGAGAAACCUCUGUUGCUUACAAUCUUAAUAAAAUCUUAAGCUCAACUUUCAUUGACAUUUGUUUGUUUUUCUUUCCUCGAUGCUUCAUGUUGUCAUUUAGAUAGUACUUUUCUAUAUUUUUCAAAUUUCUUUGCAUUUUAGAAAAGUACAAGAGUUAUGAAUUUAUGAUCAAGAGAGAUACCUGAGAAUCAUCUUUAGUUGACAAUAUACAUUUGAAUUAUAAUUGUACCAAUAAAUUAUAUAUGUUAGUUUAGUCACUAUAGAUAGGAAUUGGGGAUGACCACCAUUUCAGAUUGCCCCUCAUCAAAAUAUACAUACAAAAUAGAGUAAAUGCAUUCAAAAGAGAGACCUUGGAAUACAGUAGUUGUAAGAAAGAAUAACAUAGAAGUUGUAAUGUACUUCGUGCUAUUUUUCUUUGAUGGCUUUAUGUCAAUUAAGAAGAAUAAUGAGAUGAAGACAGUUAAACAUCACAAUAGGAGAAAAUGGUGAAUCAUGCUCGAGCCCAGUGUCUAUUUUUAUAAUUGUACCAAACAAAUGUUGUACAUCAAAGAUUAGGCAGAUUCCAUUCAUUUUUUCUUAUCAAAGACAAAUGCCAAUCUAAACAGCCCUUAUAUGCUUAAAUUUAGUUUUACAAUGAAAGAAGCCAGUUUUUAUCAAUACAAAAUUGAGUAUCAGUAAUACAUUACAAAUUUAUAAUUUGAUUAUAAAAGUAAAUUCAGCUAAACCCGAACUUAAUAUAUGUAUUAUUCCAACAAAAUAACGCAGUCAAACACAUGAACAACAAUAAAAUUCAGAAACAACUUAUGAGCUACAUAAAGGCGGCAAGAUCACCACCAACAUUUUUCUUACGUUUUCUUACGAAUUGGCCUUACAGACCCAAUAUCGGUACGACCUGUAAAUUUUAUCUUUAUAGAAAAAUGUUUGCUACAUUUUCGGCAAUUAAAGCCCAACAACCUCUUACACUUACCGUAUCCAAUUUUCACACAAAUUACGGCCAAUUACAAAUUACAAAGAAGUAACACAAAUAUCUACCAAUUUUGAGAAUAUAAACAUUAUUUGAAAAUAAAUACACCAUCAAAUAAAUCCAACAAUGUACACUACUCUGCCUACACAACAAAUACACAACACCAACCACAAAAAAGUAGCACAGUUCAUCACUCCACCUCAACCAUAUUACAUUACAAAUCUUGAAGAAUCACCAACUUCACAAACAUCUCCCCAGAUUUAGAUAGAGUAAAAACAACAUCCACGACCCCGUGCUUGCGCAAGACUACGCCCCUAGUAUAUAUAAUAAUAUAAUUAACGUAGAAGUAUUAACACGACAAUUAAAUUGGUAAGUCAUUUUUCAUGCGCUAUUUCAUUAUCUCAAUACAAACAGAUGAAAUAUAAUAUUAUGAUGAAAAAUUAAAUGAAAAGUUGAGAACCCAAAGAACAAUGCCGUAAGUUUUAGUAGAAGUAUAAAUUUUAGAAAUAUAUUUCAGUAAACAAACAAUUAUAAAACAUUAAGCAAAUUCUUGUUUUUCAACACUUCAAUUUGAGUUAUCGUGCUAUAUAUUAAGGGAACCUUUAGUUUGGUUUAGUUUAGUUUUGUUUGGUUUUCUCCAUUUAGUUUGGUUUUCUCCAUUUAUACUUCAUGGUGAAAGUUCUUUGUGAAAUAUAUUAAGGGAACCUUUAAAAGUUCCUUGGUGUAUCAUUUGGCUGAGUCUGGGUAUGAGCAAUCAAGAAAUGUACUGUAAUAGCUAUUGGUAGUGUUGAAGUAGGUCUUAGAACCGAAGAUGUGGUUACAUGUAGUUCUUGACUUGGAUGAGACGUUAGUGUGUGCAUAUGAGACCUCUAGACGUUAGACAAACUUUAUGACAUGGCAGACUAUUUUUUAGAACUAAUGAAACUAAAGUAUUUGAUUAUAGAAGAACCAAAAUAAUUUAGAAUAAUGAUAUAUUUACUUUAGUAUCAAUGAUUAAAAUAAUUUUAGCUUUGAUUAUUUUAAUUUAUUCACAAAACUAUAUUCUACCCCAUAAAUCCUAAAAAAAAAUCAAUAUACUUUGUAUUAUAAGUCACUGAAGAUUUGUAUCAUUUUUACCUUUUUAUUAAGUACCGUAAUUUCAUCUUCAACUUUUGAUCAAAAUACGGUGGAUAACGCCGAAUAUACAAAAUAGAGUACUUUGUAUAUACAAAAUCAUGUACAUUUUAUAUGAACAAAUUUCAUUCCUAAAUAUAAGCAACAUACAUUUUUUGUGGUCUACAGUGAACUAUUUUAAGCUCUUUUUUUUUGAAACUACUAGCAAUAACCAACAUUAUGCGAACAUAAUAAUAUAUUCAUUUUUCUUUUGAUAGAGAGGUCAUUUUAUAAUAAUAACCAUAUUUUAUAAUAUACGAUUAAAAAGUAUUUAAUAUCUUAAUCUUAUGCUUAGUUCAUAAAUUGUUAUAUCAUAUAGUCUCCAAAAAUACAAUGAGUAUCUUAUUAAAAUAAAAGAAUACGAUUUUUUGAAUUACUAAUAUGCAUUAUAAUACGGUUGAGAAUGUAGUUUCUAUUGAAAUACUUUUUCAGUUUCAAACACUGAAUAUAUUUAAAAUGUAUUUGUUUCGACUAAAAACAUAAUCUACUUUUUAUAAAUUUAAGAUCAAUAGCUAAACAUUCACAAUUAUGUUUGUUAUUACAAGAAAAUAAAAUUCAUAUAAAAUUUAAGACUUUAAACUAAAAGUAUCAUUUAUAGCACAAGUAAAUAUUCUCUAUGCCGUCCAAAAUUAUAAUCUAUUGAAUAAUAACAAAUAAAUGAUUGACACAAAUUUAUGAAAAACAUUAUAAUAUAACUCUUAUAAAUUCUAUACUUUAUAAUAAAAACUUAAAAAAUUUAUAAAAACUUUUGACCAAAAAUUUUUUUUAUAAAAGCUAUCAAUUUAAUCAACAAAGGAAUAAUCUCGUGCUUUGAAAGCGCAAAUCAAAAUCUAGUAAAACUAUAAAACAAGUUUUAUUAUGAUUAUUAUUUUUGGGUUAAAACAAGUUUAAGUUUGGACCCUAGUAAAAAGGAAGAUCCACCAAAAAAGGAGCCAAAGAACAAGACCUUGCCUUUGUCGUUGAAUCUAAUCCAAUUUCCCAUAUCUGAAACCUAUCUGUCACAUUUUUUAAUAACUGAAUAUACUACAAAACACAAAAGUUUCCGUUUGUGUUUUUCUCAGAUUUAAAACAUAAGAAAACGUAUAGAUUACGCAAGUGAUUAUGAGUCACAAAGUCUCCAAGAAGUUAGACGAAGAGCAAAUCAAUGAGCUCCGGGAGAUUUUCCGUUCAUUCGACCGGAACAAAGACGGAAGCUUAACACAGCUCGAGCUCGGAUCACUUCUCCGAGCACUCGGGCUUAAACCGAGUCCAGACCAAUUUGAGACACUGAUCGACAAAGCUGACACUAAAAGUAACGGACUCGUGGAGUUCCCAGAGUUCGUGUCUUUGGUCUCGCCGGAGCUUCUUACAGAAGAGAAAACGAGGACUCCUUACACGGAGGAGCAGCUUCUCCGGUUGUUCAGGAUAUUCGAUACUGAUGGUAAUGGGUUUAUCACUGCGAAGGAGUUGGCUCAUUCCAUGGCUAGGCUUGGCCAUGCCUUGACGGUGGCGGAAUUAACAGGGAUGAUUAAGGAGGCUGAUAGCGACGGAGACGGCCGGAUUAAUUUUCAGGAGUUCUCUAAGGCCAUUAAUUCUGCCGCAUUUGAUGAUUUGUGGGGUUGAAAUUUCUUCACCGUGGCUCUUCCCUGAUUUGUCAUUUACUAUUUUUAGUUUCUAUGAACACUAAUCUACAAAAAAAAAUUAUGUACUUCGCAUCAAAAUAAUACUUAAGUCGAAAGUCCGGUUCGAUCUGGGAAUUUUUUGGAAACGGUAUGCUUACUUACAUGCGCACCAGUAUAAAGUGGAGACUGUGUCUGUGUCUUAGCCUUAGGCACAUCUAUCAUUAACAUGCACGCCAAUUGUGGAGGCCAAAGAUAUGCUGCUUGGCUUUGUACUUACGGUCUCACAGAAAAGUAAACAACAUAAACCCCUAAAAAGGCACCGUAAAGAGUGUUCUCAGCUCCUAUUAUCAGCUUGGUUUACUGGGUAACUAAGUCCUAACCUGUUCAAACAAGUCUAAUCUAUUGUAGCAACUCCUUGGGGUUCUUUUUUUUAGGCUAGCUCUCUGCUAAUGCUUCUUGUAAUCGAACAUUUGCCUCUGGUACUAAUAUGAUUUGCAUUUUAUCAAAACGAAAGAAAAUGAGGGUGACAUUCAUGGGUGUUCUUGGUCUAAUCAAUGAAAUCAUAAUUUACAAUGUUGAUUGUGAAAUUCAGUAACAAAGAUUACGGGGAGAAAUCCAUACACAUAACUAAUGUUAGACAGACUCGUUUAAUUUAACCUGAAUCACUAGAAUUUCUAUCUGAUUCUUUAGCUUCCCCUUUUUCCUUUUGCUUCUUUUUCAUCGUUGAACACACCAAGUCCGCACCAAUAAGACAACCUUUAAACAUUUAUUUCUGAAAAACAAAACCCUCGCCAAUAAAACUCCCUGUUUUAUCUACCAACACAUCAUCUACUUCAUCAGACCACCUAAGAUAUGUACCCACACACAGCAGUUUUUGGAUGGAUCAUCGAAUACAAAUUUCACUUCCACCUACGCAUCAAAUAUAUGGGUCAGUACAUAUGCGUUUUGUGUUAUGUCAAGAGUGUACUUAUUCAUGACACAGUAUCUAGUUGAACUUGAAACAAAUCAUUUUAGUAUUUAUUUAUGGCUAUCUGAUACAGAAACAUGGUAAGGUUAACUGAAUGGUUUAACAAGAUUACUUGGAGAUUUAUAGUAGUAAGAUACAGUGUCACCAAAACAAAACGGUUACCUUUGCUCUGAGGUUACAUGAGUUAAUCUGAUAAGCUUGGUGAAGUCUUCAUUUGCUGAGCUGGCAUUGAGGAGAUACUCUACUUGCUUUACCAACUUUGCAGUUGAACAAGAAUCAAGUAUAAAAGCACAUGAUCGUCCUCUCGGGAAAGAUAGCUUUGUAUUUUGGAUUGAGUCGCGACUCGCGAGACUUGAGGAGAACUCGUCUGGGUUAAACCAGCGAUUCUCAAUUGAUUCUUUAUACAAAGUGCAAUUACAUUGAUUUAUUGAUUCUUUACAUCUGUGAUUGAGUUUGUGAAAGUUCCGGUAGCUGAAACUCAAUCAUAAUCAUAAAAGUUUAAAAAGGAAGACACUAACCUGACAUUCGAUGUCGAGAUCUCUAACAUUGCUGAAAGUUGCUGACAUGACACUUAAUUUUAAAAUUGCUGAAAGUUUAUUCGCUCGGGCAGAAGCUUUAGAAUCCAUCUCAACUUCUUCUAAUGUUGUAUCACCUUCACUGUCAUAUAAUCUAGCACUACAACAUGCAAAUUCUGAACCACAACCUCUUUAAAGGGGAGACAUUCUCAGUGCGAUUUCAUCCCCGAACAAGGGAUGUAACCAAAAAUUGAUAAGCCAUCCAUCCCCAAGUGUACACCAUAAAUUCAUCAAGAUCUUGGAUCAAUUUUACAUAUUCAAAAGUUAUCCGCGGGAUGUGAGAUGUGGACAACAACAUAGUUGACCUAAUUGCUAGACAAGAUAAAUUAAUUUAUUCUUGUUUCCAUACCCUUAACUUUUCUCUUCUUUAUAGCAUUUCGAACUGGGGUUGGAGAGGCAGUAGAUAGACGCAAUGGAUAAUGGAGACGAAAGGUACAUCACAAAACCAAUUAAAACAGCUAAAAAAUUCAAAUUUGAUAAAGGUUAGUUGGAUAAUGAGGAACUAAGGCAAGUCAUUCUUGAUGGAUGGAAAUCAGAUGAUUUGGGUCCUGAAGCGAAUAUAAUGGAACAUAUUGCUAGUUGUCGAAAAGCCUUGGGCCAAUGGAGGAGGUAGAACAACCUGAAUUCAGAAAAGGUAGUGGAAGAGCUCAAGGAGAAGGUGGAGAAUCUAUAUUCGAAUGAUGAUGCUACUUCAGAGGAAAUAGCAGAGGCUUUAAAGGAACUAUCUACUGCUUUUAAGGCAGAAGAGAUGUUUUGGAGACAAAAAAGAAGGGUUCUCUGGUUAAGAGAAGGCGAUAGGAACUCAAAAUAUUUUCCUGCGCUAACAAAGCAAAGAAGAGCGAUGAGUAGGAUCACACAACUUUUAGAUGAAAAUGGAAAUAUGGUUGAGGGUGAGGAGGGAGUAGUAGCCAUUGAUCCUAGCUAUUUUAGGCAAAUAUUUGAGUCAUCCAGCCCAUAGGAUAUAGCAGAUGCAUUAGCUGAGGUCUCGACAACGAUCACUGGGACAAUAAAUGAGGAUCUUACAGCACCGGUAACUGAGUGGGAGGUUAAACUAGCAAUUUUCGCUAUACAGCCAGAAAAAGCCCUAGGACCAGAUGGAAUGACAUCCCUCUUCUACCAGAAGUUUUGAGAUACUGUAAAAGAAGAUUAACUCGUAUGGUUAAUCAAUUUCUUUUUGAAGGAACAAUGGCUCAAGGGCUAAAUGAUACAAAUAUAUGCCUAAUCCCUAAGACGAUUAAGACAAAUGAGAUGACAAAGUUUAGACCUAUUAGUCUAUGCAAUGUAAGCUACAAAAUCAGAUCUUAUCCCAAAGAUUAAAGAAGGUCCUUUCACAACGGAUAUCUGAAACCCAGUUAGCCUUGUUGUUAGAAGACAUAUUACAGAUAAUAUCAUGAUAGCUCAAGAGAUGUUCCAUGCGUUGAGAAUCAAGCCAGGUGGAAGAGUUAAGAGAAUGGCCGUAAAAACGGAUAUGAGUAAAGCAUACGAUAGGAUGGAAUGGUAAUUCAUUGAGGUAGCCAUGCAAAAAAAUGGGUUUUUUCAGAGAUAUGGAUUGACUGAAUUAUGAGAUGCAUCACCUCGGUCAAAUACAAGGUUCCUAUGAGUGGAGAGCCAAGGGGAAACAUUGUCCCGGAAAGAGGUUUACGUCUAUGCACGGAAGCGCUCGUUAGCCUUUUUAAACAUGCAGAGAAUCAAGGAAAGAUAACGGGGAUGCGGGUUUCACGCGCUAGCCCCUCGGUAUCUCACCUUUUCUUUCCUGAUGAUAUCCUUUUCUUAUGUAAGGCGGAGUCCCGUAAAUAUGAAGAAGUUAUGAAAGUAGUCAGGAAAUAUGGACAAGCAUCAGGUCAAUGUAUCAACUUUGACAAAUCCUCCUUAUUCUUUGGUAAGAGGAUUCCAGCAAAUGAUAGGCAUCAGAUUAAAGAUACACUUGGAAUCCAAAAUGAAGGUGGAAUGGGUUCUUACUGUGGAAUUCCAGAGGAUAUUAUUGGAUCCAAGUGUAAGCUAUUUGCUUUCUUAAAGGAAAAAAUUCUACACAUAGUGAAUGGUUGGACUGGUAGAUGGUUAUCAAAAGGAGGGAAGGAAGUACUAAUCAAAUCUAUUUUGUUAGCUCUUCUGACAUAGGUCAUGUCCAGUUUAUUGCUUCCACUAGAGAUAUGUGAAAACCUUUCAAGUGUCAUUGCACAAUUUUGGUGGAGCUCAAAUCAACCAAAAAGAUGAAUUCACUGGGUAAAAUGGGAAAAGUUGUGUGUAUCGAGAGAGGAGGGAGGAAUUGGUUUCCGUAUGAUCCAUGAAUUCAACCUAGCACUUCUAGUAAAGAAGCUUUAGGGUCUUAUUCAAUUUCCAGAUUCACUAGUGGCAAGAGUAUUACGGGAAAAAUACUAUCAAACGAGCUCGCCUUUGCAAAUAUGCCCAGUGGACAACCCAUCUUAUGUGUGGACGAGAAUUACUGAGACAAGGAAGUUAUUACUUAUGGGUAUCAGAAACAAAGUGCAAUCAGGAUACAAAAUUAAUGUGUGGGAGGAUCUAUUAAUUCCCUCAACACGAGCCAGGCUGGCUCACCCAUGGCCUUAGUUGUACAUCUAAAAUGACCGUCAGUGGCCUUAUUAAUUUUGAAUCAAAAGAAUGGGAUGUUCAACUACUGGAACAAUAUGUUGAUCAUGAGGAUAUACCAAUGAUUUGGAGGUUGUCUAUUAGCCCUACUCAUCAUUGUGAUACUUUUUGCUGGAGCUACAUGGUCAAUAUACGGUCAAGUUUGGAUAUUGGGUGGCUAGAAAUAUACUGAAAAUGAUGAAGAAAAUGAAGCUCUAGAGCCCAGUAUAACCAAACUCCAAGCCUUUGCUUGACAAGUAAAUGCACCUCAGAAGAUAUGUCAUCUUAUAUGGCAAUUAAUUACAGGGCAUGUAGCACUCACAAGGAAUCUGGUCCGCCGCAAUAUGCGAUGUGAUAACUAUUGUCCAAAUGUGGAGAACGAGAAGAAAUUGUUAAUCAUGCGAUCUUUGAAUGCCCACCGGCCUUACAUGCAUGGGCAUUAUCAUCAACUACGCCAAGCCCACAAACAUUUUCUAUCUCGAGUAUUUAUGCCAAUAUGGACUAUCUUUUUUGGAAGAAGAACAUUAUUCUGGAGCCGGAACAUGAUAGGGAUCUUUAUCUUUGGAUAAUCUGGUAUAUUUGGAAGGCUAUGAAUGAUAAGCUAUUCACAAGUAUAGAUAGGGACCCAUUGGACCUUGUCAGGUAUGCAGAGAGUGAGUCUCAAGCUUGGUACAAUGCAAAUGAGACAAUACUUGCUCCCCCACAUGCACAUAUUGUUGAAGGACCACAAGUCUUAAGCUUGGGUAAUAUUUGUAUGGUGGAUGGUUCAUGGACCUCUACAGUUCAAUUCAGUGGAAGUGGAUGGGUAUAUAAGGAUAAUAUGGGAAAGAUCCAACUUAUGGGGACGCGAAACUUAAGAAGCCGUGAGUCGGCAUUGCACUCAGAACUGGAAGCGCUAAGAUGGGCAAUGGAGAGCAUGCUACAAUAUUCGUCAUGUCAGAGUUUUGGUACAGAUUGGAAGGACAUGAUUGCAAUGAUAAAGAACCCACAAGUUUGGCCAAACUUCUCAACAGAGCUGGAUGUCAUUCAAACUUUUCAGAAUUGCUUCUCGGACUUCAAGAUCUCCUACAUUCCAAUGGUGCAAAACAAAAUUGUUGAUUUGCUAGCUACGACUGCUUGCUCAUUUCACAUAUAUCUUUGUGUUUAUUGAUUGUUCUAUUCUGGUUUGGUUACCCACACCACCUCAAGUUUGAGUAAUUGAAUAGACAUUUGUUGGCAAGAAAAAACAUAUACAGUGAGAGAAAUGUGAUUUUACGAUUUUAACGAGAAAAUCUGAUUUUGAAAAUUUGCCGAAAACGUGAUUUCACGGUUUUGGCGAGAAAACAUGAUUUUGCGGUUUUGGCGGGAAAACGUGGUUUUGCGGUUAUGGCGGGAAAACAUGUUUUUCGGUUUUGGCGGGAAAACAUGAUUUUAAAGUCUUGACGGAAAAACGUAAUUUUACGGUUUUGGCGGGAAAACAUAAUUUUGCGGUUUUGGCAGGAAAAUGUGAUUUUGUGAGAAAUUUAGUUUUGCAGUUUUGGCGGGAAAACGUGAUUUCUGGUUUUGCAAAUUUGGCCGGAAAACAUGUUUUUAAUUUUCUGAUUUUUUUUAUUUUUUCACAACUUAAAAAAAUCUAUAUUUUUAGGUUUAUUUGAUGUCCAUGUCAAAAUGGUUUUAGCCCAUCUAAUUUGAUGUUAAUUGGUGUCAGUCCAAUUGGACAAAUUUAAUUUUUGGGUCUGAUAUGAUCAGACCAUUUGGAUUUGGUCUUGGCUAACCCAUGGUCAUUAAGCUCAUUUGACAUCCCUACUCUCCCGUGGCAUCUUCCUCUAUCUGAAAAAGUUGUUCUUCAAUCUCCGAUAGUAUCGGAAACUUCGUUCACUCACUUUCUUCCUCCCCAACAAGCAUAUAUAAAGAGAAAAAAGAGUAAAGUAAGAAUAGAGUAAUAGUGAAUAAAUGCAUCGAUUCGGAAUCGUAUUGUUACACCAGUAAAGUUGGUGUAAAUUAUAUCUCACUUAUUGGAAAAUCGGCCAAUUCCUACAUCAACAAAUGUCAACGGUCCUGAUCAGUACAUAAACAUGUUACCUUUGCGAAAACAUACAUCAACUAGUAUAUAAUUUAAUUUUCAUACAUCAACUUUCUAAAUUUGGUUUUAUCAUACAUUGACCUAAUUUCCGUUAGUCAAAUGUUGAGUUGUCGUUAACCGGUAAUAGACAAUCAGCUAAUUCCUACAUCAACAGGAACCAAUAAUACACAUCAAUACAUAAACACUUCACUUGUGGAAAAACAUACAGUAACUAAUACAAAAUUUAAGUUAAAUACAUGAACUUUUGAAAUCUGGUUUUGACAUACGCUAAAGCUUGACAUUUACCUAAUUUCCACUAGUCAAAUAAUAUCGAAGAUAAAUUGUCUGUCAAGUAUUGAUUAAGUAAGGUUUUAUUGUAUUAUGUGGUAACUAAACUAUAUUACGUAGUAAUUUAAUGAGAAAAAAAUAAAUCAUGUAGGUAAAACGAUUUCUUUCUCGUGUAAUUCAUUAGUUAGCUUUUCUCUUUAAUUUUUUUCUUCAACUUUUUCAAUAACAGAAAACACCAACACCGAGAAAACGAAAGAAGACAAAAUUGAACAAAGAGAAAAGAGAAUAUUUUCGAUAAGCUAAACAUUCUCAUUUAUCUCUGUCAAUUACUACGUACUAUGCUUUAAUUAUCACAUAAUACAAUAAAAUAUUUACUUAAUCAACACGUGACAGACAAUUUAAUUUCAGUAUUAUUUGAAUAGUGAAAAUUAGGUAAAUCUAUUUUAUUAAAUUUAAGUACAAAAUAAAACUAACAUUAUUUUCAACAGAUUUAUUACAUCUUUUCUUUUCUCAUUUUCACUCAACUUAAUUACUUUAUCAAUUGCAUUUUUUCCAAAUAAUUUGACAGCAUGUCUUAUAGAAAUAUAAAACAAAACUUACCUAUAUUUAAGUGUUUAAUUAUAUCUUUUACAUUUUUAUACUUCUUAACUACUUCAUUAAGAUAUGUAUAUCAGAUAUGCGGUUGUGUAUGGAUUGGUUUUUUCGGAUAUUGAGUUUUUUUUGGGUUUUGAAAUUAUGUUUUGUUCGGGUAUUAUAAAUUUUCUGGUAGGAUUCAAAUAGGGGCUUUCCAGAUCCGGAUGGGUUUGGUUUUUAUGUGUAGGAACAUAAAAAUGAACAAAAUUUUUUAUAUUUAGGAACGUCAUUAAACAAUUUAUAAAAAAUUAACAACAAAUAUCCGCGCGGACGCGCAUGUCAAGCUUUAGUAUAUGUUAAAAGUAGUUUUCGAAAGUUCACGUAUUGAAUUUAAAGUUUGUAUUAGUUGAUGUAUGUUUUUGCACAGGUAAAAUGUUUAUGUUUUGAUCUGGACCAUUGGUCUCUGUUGAUGUAGGAAUUAGCCGAUUUUCUGUUACUGGUUAACGGCAACUCAACGUUUGACUAACGAAAAUUAAGUCAAUGUAUGAUAAAACUAAAUUUUGAAAGUUCGCGUAUGAAAAUUAAAUUUUGUACUAGUUGAUGUAUGUUUUCACACAGGUAACAUGUUUAUGUACUGAUCGGGACUGUUGGCUCUUGGGAUAUAUCCGAAAUAAAAGACAAAAUUAAAAGUAAAACAUAAAAAACACUUAUAUUGAAUAGAAUUUAAUCCAACACACAUCAAAUUGAUAAAUAACGAUAAAAUGUUAAAUCAAGCAUAAAAACAAUACCGUUUGUAAAUAAUAUCCACUGCCUUAUAAAUAGAAUAGACUUGUUAUUUAA